UCUAAAGUGGGAAAAGAUGGACCGAAUCUUAAGAUCAAGUUAGAUGACUUGCAGGUGGAUCCACAACCAGCUUCUGGAGCUACUUCUGACUUAUUGGCAACACCAGUUAACAAUGUUCCAAGCCAGGACAGAUCCUGUUUUGGAGGACCGAAAUCCAGAGGCAUUGUAAGUGGUACAAGUGCUAGAAGACUGUCGUAUGCUGAAGAAGAAAGAGAUCACGUUAUAAAAUUUGCUCCAUCAACUCCUGGAUACCCCAAAUCUUCUUUUCCUGGUUUGAAGAGCUGCAGUUCAGCAAGAAGUACAGGCACUGAGGAGGAUAUCCGUCAGUUUGAUGUUAGAACAACCUCCCCCCUUAAGUGCAUUGGCACUCCGAAAAGGAAGAUUGCUUCAAAACUGGAUUGGUGGUUCAAUUGGAAGCAAUAUGGCGACAUGCUUGCAGCUUUUAAGGAACCCGAGCUGUGCAUGAUGGCGGUCUGUGUUCUUUACCGACAGCAAACAUCUUAUGAACGAAUGUUCAAGGUAACACGCGAUGCCAACGGGAGAGGGUUUAGCCAAGAUGAUGCUCGCUGGGGAUCCGAGAUCGCGGAGUUUCUCACGGAUGGGGAUCUCCUUGGUGAUAUGAACAAGUCUGUGGAAGAGUUACAAGCACGAUUUCCAGAUCCUGAUGGACUUCAAGCGUGCAGGGAAAUGGCUUCUACUUAUAAUAAGCAACUGUUCGAGAUCUACGAGAACAAAGAGGACCAUUUCUGGCAAGCCGUGCACAACAAGUGAAGCAAAAUGCAGAGAACAAGAUUUGCCUUUUUAGUGAUUGCAGGCCAUGAACUCUGGGGAGCCUUGCUUUCUGAAAAGGAAAAUCAGUGCACUUAUUUUGUAUGUAAAUCGUCUAACUACCAGUCUAGCUAAGUUACUAUCCGGCACUCCUAGUUUUUUGCCUUGUGUGCCAAGCAAUGUAUAACUCUUCUCCGGUAGGAAACUCUGAAUCAACUAAUGGAAUGUGUAUAUUG